UGAUCGCGUAUUGUGUAUACAUUUUGUAUAAAGCUUGCAUUCCUUCACAGCGAUUUGCACAUCAAUAUCAGUUUUCUGCCGACUGCAACAUGGCACACAUCACCCGCCGCCAGUUCUUUUUGUUCCAGGGCGUAGCCAUCGGUGUCCUUACGAUCAUCAACACAAUGACGACGAUAUACGUGCACAUAGCUAAUCCCGAUUCCAUCGAUAACUGGCAUUACUAUAAGGAUAUCCACGGUCUGUGGGAAGUGAUUAUCCCUAGGGAGCUGUGCUGGGCCAUAGCUGCUGGAGUAUUGUUGUACGGCAUUUAUCGGCAGGACAUUCGUUUCUCGUACCCAAUCAUUGUCGUUGCCUUUGGGGUGAUGGCGGUGCAAUUGGUACGCGAGAUUAUGUUGUUCUGGUCCAAUUCUUUCGAGGAGUUUUGGUACUAUACACAGUUCUUCAAUCCGGUUAUGAUGAUUUGGAUGACCUGUAGAUCGAUCCACGGGAUGAUGACGCUGAUAGCACUGAAACACCUGUUUGAAUCGGAGCAGAGUGCUGACAAUAAUUUCGUGCGAUUCAACGUGGAGAGUGCUGAAUGUGAAGUGGAGAGUGCUGAAGUAUCUUUCAAUUGAGCUAUCUAAGAUUAUAUUUUACAGUAAAUAUCAAAACUUUUCGAAAAGAAUACAAAAGUAAGAGGUUGUAUCUAAGACACAACCGUACAUUUGACGUAGGAUUACGUGCUCGGUAUCAAUAUUCGGUGACUGUGGUAGGGAAACCGCUUUUUGCAGACAAUCGGUGGUAAGUGACCUAUUGAAAAUUGAUACAGUGUUCAUUUAGCAGAAAAAUAGAAAAAUUUC